AUGACUAAAAGCGAUUUGGAUCACAUUUUCUUGAAGGCGCUCGGCUUUUUCAAAUCGAACAAACCGGGAUCCGACAAGCUGCUCUACGACCUACUCGCCGAGCACACGAAACGCCCGUCAAAGUGGCUCCUCGCCGAAGAAUCGAAAGCUAGCGGCGUGAGCGAGACGCUGGUGAUAUCGGAGGAGUCUUCGACGUCGUCCGACGUCUCCGGGGACGGGCGGACCUCCGAUGCGGGGGCGGGGACGGAAAUAGUGGAGUUGGUCUCAUUGGACGAGCUGCCGAAGAAAGCGCGGCACGAGUCGCUGGGCGACAUCGUCGAGGAUGACGACAUCAGUCAACUGAUGUCGGAAACCGGGGUUGUCAUGGUAACCGACGAAAAGAGUCACGUGACUAUGGAGAGCGAGGGCGUGGCUGCUGGGAGGAAGGGAAAGAGGGCGUCGAGUGCGGUGAUCUACUCGGACGAUGAGGAGACCGACAGCUGUGUGGAGACGGACAGCGGCGACGAGUUCAAGGGAUUCUCGGUCGGGUCGUCGAGGGAGGAGACGCCCGACCGAUCACUCUCACAACUGUCUGUGUCGCCUGCUGUACGGUUGUCGGGUUCUUGGUCGGACUUGAGGAGUGUGACUCCACCGGGCAUGCGAUCAAGACCGCCGCCGCUCACGAAGGUGGAGUUUAAUAGGAGUGUGAGCUGGGAUAAGUCUCUGUCUGGCAAGCAAUCUCCACUUGCUCGUGAAGGUCCACCCAUUCUUCUACAUUCACCGCCUCCUGUCACCCACCCCAAGGCUGUCUACGCACGACCGACUCUACAGUCGACGCCCAUCCCGUCGUAUCAGUCGCCGUCCAUGCAGUCUACGCCUCGACGUUUCAUGCAGAUGAAACGACAAGCGAGUUUACUGACUCAAAACAUCAAAGGGCCGGCGAAGAAAUCGGCACCGUAGGUUCGACUGUCGUGAUUGUAUUGUUUUCUAUUUUGGAUUCAAUUCGAGAACUAGACGAGAAUGAAAAUCAAUCGACAACUGAAAUGUC